ACUUGCAGGUAGGGUACUUCGCUCCUUUUCCCAUCCUUUCCUCUUCCCGUCCGUCAUCUCAAGUCUCAACCACCUGCGGCUGCUAUAGCCUCUCUUCUCUCUCGUUCUCAACUGUUUGGCGAUCUGCAGUUUCAGGGUUCCUUCCGUUUUUUGCCCUAUUGACGAACUAUUCCGUUUUACUUUCUCGCUUGGGUAAAUUUACAAUGUGAUUUUUGUUUCAGGCGUUCGCAAUGGCGAAGAGCUCUUUUAAGCUGGAACAUCCCCUCGAGAGGAGGCAGGCUGAAGCUGCACGCAUUAGGGAGAAGUACCCAGACAGGAUCCCGGUAAUUGUUGAGAGGGCUGAAAAGAGUGAUGUCCCUGAUAUUGACAAGAAAAAGUAAGUCUCUUUGUAUACUUUUGAAUCUAUGAACUAUGGUUGUUGUAUCUUUCGGGCUUAGUUCUGCGAUAACUUGUUGAUCUGCCUGGGUCAGUAAUGAAGGAUUUACUUGCAUGAUAGUAAGAUGGGGAUUUCUGGUAAGUGUUAACAUUUAGUUUUAGCUAGCUAAGGUUGACGAUUACUGAGUGCUCAUGUUCUGGGAAUAUUGAUGAUAAAGCUUAUUGGAUCCAACUGGUUACUAUACUAUGAUAUGCUUAUAGUAGGUCACAUUAGCUUUUGUUUUUAAUUCCUCUUCCAUUCACUAAUACUGGACCUUGGUUUGACCACUGUAGAUACCUGGUUCCUGCUGAUCUCACAGUUGGACAGUUUGUUUAUGUGGUCCGGAAGAGGAUCAAGCUGAGUCCUGAGAAGGCCAUUUUCAUUUUUGUGAAGAAUAUUCUACCGCCAACCGCUGCCAUGAUGUCUGCAAUCUACGAGGAGAACAAGGAUGAAGAUGGGUUCCUUUACAUGACCUACAGUGGUGAGAACACCUUCGGGAUCCUCUAAUGCUCGAAGAACUAUGAAGCGCAGUGUGAAUAAAGACUGGUAGUGUGGGGCAACGCAGAAGAAAUAUGAAGUGAAGAAAAGUUAAGCCUUUAGCUAGAAUUUCGUAAGGAAGAAUCUACUGAUCCUUUGUAUAUUCGUGACCUCCCUCUCUGGAAUGGUAUCUCUGACUCUUAUCUUGUAAACUUGGAUACCUCUAGAAUCUGUGUCGAUUCUGCCACUUUAGUCGUUCCACUCGAAUUGUUCACUCAGAUUCUGUCAAAGAAUUUACAUCUUUUCUAGCUAGGAGCAACUAUUUGGUUCCAACAGGGUUGAAUCUGGCUGAAAAGUCCAUUGAAUCUGACUGUAGUGAAUCUAUAAUUUGAUUCGGUCAUUUUCUUCCAAGUUAUGCACUUUUCUUGGUCCCAGUUCUUGCUUGGAGCAUCUUUAAAAAAGUGG